CACUCACCCCUUCGAGACACACCGACACACGUUGCUUGCGACUGCCAUGCCGCGCUUUAAGACCAGCGAUGUGGCAGAUGAAAAGACUGAGCAGUGUACCUUUGCAGAGCUCUCCCUCUCCACGAGCUUGCUCCGCAGCUUGCAGGAGAUGGGCUGUGAACAUCCCUCGCCGGUGCAGCUACACAGCAUCCCAUUGGCCCUUGGUGGUGGAGACGUGAUCAUACAAGCCAAGUCUGGAACAGGGAAGACUAUUGCAUUCUGUUCUGUGGUGUUGGAGGGCAUUGACACUUCUACUGCCGGGUCUUCACAAGCGGUGAUUUUGGCUCCCACACGUGAGAUUGCCAUGCAAAUCUCCGAUGAGCUCAGCCGACUGGGCUGGUACUUGGAUCCACCGGUGGAUGUCGGCUGUUUCAUUGGUGGUGUCCCCAUUGAAGAGCACGAGGAGCGCCUUUCGAACUGUUCGCCACAUGUGGCCGUUGGCAGCCCCGGUCGCACCUUGAAGCUCCUCAGAGAUGGCAUCCUCUUGACGGAUGCACGCUUCCUGGUCUUGGAUGAGGCAGAUAAGCUUCUGGACUCCUACUUCAGGCAAGACAUCUUUGCCAUUACUGAGAUGGUUUUCACCAAGCAGCUUCAAUUCCUGGCGGUUUCAGCGACCUUCCCUCCACCUUUGGUCGCCAUAGCUGAAGAUCUCUUUGUUCAUGUGGAAAAGAAGCACGCCACUCGCGGGCAGCCCAUCGAGCGUGAGCUUCCUCACAAGGUGUUCUUGUGUACAUCGGCUGUGAAGAAAGACGAAGAUGGUUUGAACAUCGACGAGCUCGAUCAGGAUGGUGAGAAGGCCGAGACCGCUUUACUUAAAGGCGUGCUUCAUGUGCGCUACGUUCUAGAAGGAUACCAUGUGCGGCAGAAACUGCCUGCACUGUUGGAAGUCCUGACAACAGCUUCCUAUCAGCAGGCUUUUGUGUUUGUGGCAGACUCCAACAAUGCGAUACAGAUCGCUGAGAUGCUGAAUCAGGCCGGAGUGCCUGCGGCUGCAAGUGGUGGGAAGAUGGAACAAUCCUGGAGGACGCAAGCUUUUGCAGGGCUCAAGCGAUUCCAGUAUCGUGUCUUGGUGUGUACCGAUCUAAUGGCACGUGGCAUUGAUGCUGAGAAUGUCGACGUGGUGGUGAACCUCAACUUGCCGGUGGAGAAGGAGACCUACUUGCAUCGCAGCGGCCGGACGGCUCGCUUUGGGUCUGUGGGCUGGAUGGUGUCGUUGGUCUUUGCGGGAGAAGAGGCCGAGCAUCUGGACUUUUUCCAGAAACAACUGGGCUUUGAGCUGGUGGACUUUGCUGACCGCGAGGCAGCCAUGGCGGCGAAAUUGCAGCAGCUGGACAUCCCAGAUACAGAGGUGGGACUGACUCAGAAAGAGAUCCAACAGCUUCCACAGCAGCCGUUCCCAACACCACCAGCGCCGACCCAAGGUGGAUUUGAAAAGCGUAAGAGGACCUCUCCAAAUGCCUCGGCCAUCCCCAAGCGGCGUUUGGCUGAACGCAAGGAGCCGAAGGAGCCUUCCAGGCAGGACAUUCCACCAGCCUUCCCACCGACCUCCGCGCACACAGCCUUCCCAGCCUUUUCACAGACCCAAGAGGCUUUCAGCUUGCCCCAAGCAAGAAAUCACUAUGGCCAGCUUGGUCAUUUGGGCGGCAACUUGGCCCCGCCUCCCAUUCUCUUGCCUCCAGGUGGGCUGCCACUCAACGUAGCUCUUCCUGAGUGGGAAUCCUGGAUGCUGGAUUCUGAUUUUGCUGCCUAUGUGCAGAAACAUUGCCCCGCUAGUCAGCAGUUGCUGUUGGGCCUCACUUCAGGCACCAAAGAACGCUUAGAUGCGCUUUGGCACCACCAUCGCCGCGUGUGGACCGGCGCUUGAAGAAGGAA